UUACGAGAUUUGGACAAGCAUAGCUAUUUGUUUUCAUUUCGUAUCAGGCGCCAAUUAACAAAUAAAUUUUUAUUAAAGCAUUCUAUAAAGAACGAUAUACUGAUAUUCACUUAUCACCUGGCCAGAUUGCCUGCCGGCGCCAAAAUCCAUAAUGUCGUCAUCCAAGCGGAAGUCCGUACCAGGACAACAGAAACAAACAACGCCAGAAAAGCGGCGUAGAAGUGGUCAGACGGAUGGUGGAACGGCAGCGGGUGCAGCUACUGGUAGGGCAAAUGCUAUGGCCGCGUCAGCAGCAGCAGCAGCAGCGACCGGCAACGAACCGGAAGCGGCGGAGCAUCACGCUUUGGAUGAAGCGAAUAUUUCGGAUGACGAAGAGGGUGGAACAAGAAUUGGCGAUAUAUACAUACCCCCGCCUAUUCCACCACACUGUUCAACGGAAAGUAAAGGUCCGCGAUUAAUUAUCAAAAAAAUUGAAAACAAAAAUUUCAAAAGCUACGCUGGUACAGUAGUACUAGGUCCCUUCCAUCAUUGUUUCACGGCUAUAAUUGGACCAAACGGUAGCGGUAAGAGCAAUGUCAUCGAUUCGAUGUUGUUUGUGUUUGGCUAUCGAGCCAAUAAAAUUCGUUGCAAGAAAAUAUCGACGUUACUGCAUAAUUCCGCUAGAUAUCCUAAUAUGUCCAUGUGCUCGGUAGCGGUGCAUUUCCGGGAAAUUUUGGACAAGGAGGAUGGCACGUGCGAGGAAAUUCCUGACAGUGAUAUUAUUGUUGAACGCAUAGCAUUCCGAGAUAAUUCUUCCUAUUAUACGAUCAAUGGGCGUCGAGUACAGUUCAAGGAAGUAGCAAAGCUACUUAAGAAACAUAACGUCGAUUUAGAUCACAAUCGAUUUUUAAUUUUGCAGGGAGAAGUGGAGUCGAUUGCUAUGAUGAAGCCAAAAGGCUUAACAGAGAACGAAUGUGGCAUGCUCGAGUAUAUGGAAGAUAUUGUAGGUACGACGCGAUAUAAGGAGCCACUGGUGAAAAUAAAUGAACGAGUUGAGCAGCUAACGGAAGAGCGUACUGAAAAACAUAAUCGCUGUAAGUUGGCCGAACGCGAAAUGAAAGAUUUGGAGCAACCAUAUAAUGAUGCCGUUGAUUAUUUGCGCCGCGAAAAUGAAAAUACUCGCACUAAAAAUUUACGCAUACAAAAAUACCUUAGCGAAAAAAAUAAAAAGCUAGAGGAAUAUAAGAAGGAGCAUGAGACAAUAUCGGCAGAGCUAAAGCAGCACGAUGAAGCAGCGGAAAAACUGAAGCAGGAACGGGAAGAGAAGGAGAAACAAGUACGCGAAGAAAUUGCCCAAUUCGAUGCACUGCGGAAGAAAAAGGAAUCGAUUGAAAAGCAGUGGGAGUCUGCGCAUAAAAAUUUUACUGAAGUGCAACAGACGAUGGAUAUGACCAACAAACGGCGCAAGCAGCAUAAAACUCAAAUGGAAAAACUUAAUAAUGAAUUGAUAGAUCUGCGUAAAAUACCAGAUAAAAAUGAAAAAGAAAUUGCUGAGUGCCAGAAAAAGGUGGAAAAACUAACUAAAGAUAAAGCUGCAAUGGAGGAAGAGUUACAAAAAAACUAUGUGACGCUAGAGAACUUGACAAAACCGCUUAUUGAAAAGCGUGAAAAAAUGGAAACUGAAUUGGUCGAACUAAAAAAACACGUUGACGAAGCCAAAGCUGCCUUGGCGCUAUCGGAAUCUGAAUUGAAAAUUCUCAAACACGAUGAGACGACAGAAACACGGAAAUAUGAGUCGAUGAAAACCUCUUAUGAUGAAUCGAGUAGCAGUCUAGAGGAAAAACGUAAAGCAGUACAAGAAAUGAGAAGUCGUUUGCCCGAAAUACAAAAGGAGAUUGUCAUGAAAACACAGAAAAUGCAACAGUUGCAAGUGGGCGAACAACAUAUGCGCGGUAAACUAAUGACACUCAAGGCUGAGAUAAACGAAAAAACAGUCAGCUUGCAGACGACGCGAUCAAAUAAUAAGGUAUUGGACUUUUUAAUGAGGCAGAAGAACGAGGGCAAAAUACCAGGAAUUUUGGGUAGAUUGGGUGAUUUGGGUGCGAUUGACACCAAAUUUGAUGUGGCUAUUUCAACAGCCUGCGGACGUUUAGAUGACAUCAUAGUAGAUACGGUCAAUACGGCUCAAGAGUGCAUUGAACACCUUAAGCGGUACGACAUUGGACGUGCCACCUUUAUUGCACUGGAGAAGGUACAGCAUUUGGAGAAGCAAUCGGGGCCAAUACAAACCCCUGAGAAUGCACCGCGUCUGUAUGAUUUGGUGCGUGUUGAGGAUGAACGUGUACUCCCCGCCUUCUAUUUUGCGCUUCGCAACACCCUCGUUGCAAACGAUCUCGAACAAGGUUCACGUAUUGCCUAUGGCGCUCGUCGUUAUCGCGUCGUAACGCUGAGUGGUGAUGUUAUCGAAACAUCCGGUACCAUGUCAGGUGGUGGUCGUACACAAAUUCGUGGCAAAAUGGGCACCAAAGUACAAACAAAGACCAAACAAUCUGCCGAUACGUCAACGGUGUCGCAAAAAGCAUUGGAAGAUAUGCAAGUGCAGGCCGAGCAACUGCAAUCUGAAAUUAAUUACAGUCAGGAGGAACAAGGUCGUCUGGAGAGGGAACUGCAACAACUGAAUAUAAGCAAGCAGAAAAAUGAAUCUGAAAUUCAAAAACUCGGCAUCACCAUCAAGAGUUUGGAUGAGCAACUGCCACGUAUUUUUAAGCAAUUAGAGACACAGAAGAAGCGCAUGGAACAAACUACUACCGAUGCGGCUAAGGUGAAAAACAUUGAGGCUGAGAUUUCUGUGAAAAAGAAGACGCUGAAAUCUUCCGAGGAAGAGGCAGACAAAGUCACUAAAAAAAUAGCUGAGGUUAAGAAAGAGGUUGAUAGUAUACAUGGCGAUAAAGUGAAAUCAGUACAGACGAAAAUCAACAAUCUGGGCACACAAAUUAAGAAGCUAAAUAAUAACAUGUCUAAGUUGAAAGUUGAAGUAACGACAUCCGAACGCAAUGUGGCAAAAAUGGAAAAGCAACUUGAGCAGCUAAACGAGGAUAUAAUAAAAGCGCAGGAUGAGUUGGUGGAGAUGAGUGCGAAACGGCAAAAUUAUGACGACGAAACUGCGCGGCUAGUGAAAGAGAUCGAAGAAGCACAGAAAGCCAUCGAAAGUGCCAAAAGUGAGUCGUCGGGAAUACAAAAGGAAAUUGCUGCGUUACAAAAGCGUGAAGGUGAGAGCACUCUGAAACGUGUGGAAAUUGACCAGAAACUCCAAACCGUUACUGUCAAAAUAUCCGAUGUUAAAUCUCAAAUUCCUCACUGGCGUGAUCAGCUGAAGCCGUUGCGUCUACACCAGAUUCCCGGUGAUUCCGAACCACAACCGCCUCUCAAAACGUACACUGAAGAAGAGCUUGCCGCACAUACUCUCCAAGAUAUCCAAUACAAAGAGAGUGUACAGGAAGAAUUGCUAAAGAAAAAGCCCAACCUGUCGUGCAUCGACGAAUAUAUUGAAAAGCGUAAUGUAUAUCUGGAGCGUGUAAAAGUACUGGAAGACAUCACAUCAAAACGGAAUGAAAUGCGGCAGCUUUACGAUGAUCUACGCAAAAAGCGUUAUAAUGAAUUCAUGCAGGGGUUUAAGAUAAUCACACGCAAGUUGAAAGAAAUGUAUCAAAUGAUUACACAAGGAGGUGAUGCUGAGCUGGAGCUAGUCGAUUCAAUGGAUCCUUUCACGGAGGGUGUAAGCUUUAGUGUGCGACCACCGAAAAAGACGUGGAAGAAUAUAUCGAAUCUGUCCGGCGGCGAAAAAACGCUGUCCUCAUUGGCAUUGGUAUUCGCAUUACAUUACUAUAAGCCUUCGCCAUUGUACUUUAUGGAUGAAAUAGAUGCGGCACUUGACUUCAAGAACAUCUCCAUUGUGGCCCACUACAUAAAGGAGCGCACCAAAAACGCACAGUUCAUCAUCAUUUCCUUACGUUCAAAUAUGUUCGAAUUAUCCGAUUACAUUGUGGGUAUAUACAAAGUAAAGGACUGCACAGAUUCUGUGACGAUUAAAAAUGUUCCGCCACCCCUGCCACUCACACAAAUGCAAACACAGACACAGACGCAGUCACAAACAACAUUCGAUACUAACUCGAUGUUUGACCAACUCAAGACCAAGUUGCCCGCCUUACAAGUUAUUCCAUUAUCGCCUUUAGAAGAGAAUUCGGAAAAUGCGCCUCCAUCCCAAGAACGUGAAACCUUAUCUGUAGCACCAACGCAAGGUCGCGAUACUACUUUUGCGCCUCCUUGUGAGAGUACUGCCCUAUCGCAAAUGGUCCAGAAGGACCUCGGGAGCGAUACAACACGUUCGACAAUAUCGGCUGUCGGCACUAGUACCAACAGCAGUAUUACUGACACAUUCUUCAAGAAACCGCUGCCGCCUGCCCAGAAAGCAACAUCUUGAGAUGUUCAGCGGAGAUGUAGUACUUGUUAAUGUUUUGCAUGCACUAUUUCUUUUUUUUUUACUUUUUUUUAUAAAACCCCUCCCGUUGUUAAAACAAAAUUAUUACGAUUACCUAAACUUAUAAAUAUUGAUCUGAUUAUAAGAAUUUGUAACGGUGACUAAUUUACGUAUGCAUAUAUUUUAUUCAUUUUGGUUUAAAAGCAAAAAUAAUAAAUAUAACCAAAUUUAA